CAUAGUGUACACGUAGAUAUGAAGAAACUUAGCGCUCUACAGCUCUGUUUCUGGAUUGUAAAUUUUAUUCAUCAGCUGAGUGCCUGGACCACCAACCAUACUUACAUGGUCGUGCGUAACAGCUAGCGGAGAUCCUCCUCUACAAGUAAGUAGAGUGAACUUGCUCCCGCUUCAAGGGAGAACAAAGGAUACCAGCUGGCCUUGAAAGAAGCUAAAAAUAACAGCCCGACACCAGUACAGUCUCGGCAAUGUCAGUUCUCCUGGUUUUACUGUACGCUGUCUGUCUACUCCUGUUGACAAUGUACUUGCGGUUCAGAUGGGAGUACAGACAUGUUCUAGCCAUCGCUACCAAACUACCGUGUCCUCCUACCCUGCCCAUCAUCGGCAACGCACACCUCUUCUUUGGUGACAUCACUGAUGUGACUAUAAAUCUACUGAAAAUAAGUUCAGAUUCCAAUGGCAUAUUCUGAUUUUGGAUAGGCCCAAUUCCCAUUUUCGUAGUAGUAGACCCAGCGGAUAUCCAAGUUAUUUUGAACAGCUCCAGCAUGUUGGAGAAAGAUAGUCAAUAUUACUCCCUGUUCAAAGUGUUUUUAGUCAAUAAUAUUCUUUUGUCUCCAGUUCACAUAUGGAAGAAGUACCGGAAGCUGAUGAACCCCGUGAUGCGUCCUUCUAAUGUGGAAAACUUCCUUCCGGUCUUCAACGAAGUCGGUAGGAAGUUAACAGAACAGUUAUCGGUCGGCUCCCCACCUUCAGAUCGCACAGAUGAUAUUUUUGAAAUGGUGGUGAUUGCUAGUACAAGUAAGUAUGUUAAUAUGCGCAAUGGAGACUAUAUAGAAAAUUAAAUUAUAACAACAAAUAAUUCAAUCCAGCGUUGGAAUAAAUUGUAUUUAAAAAGUUCAAUUAUUUUGAAAUAAUUAUUGUUUCUACAGUGCAAAACUAAAAGCCUAAGGGUCGUAAAAGCAGUGUAAAAUUAAGUCAUCCUUUAAAUUUUGGAUUACAUAUAGUUUAAUACUAUUAUUUCUGGUUGUAGAUGAUCAUUUACCAUAGCGUUGUAUAUGCUGUAGUACGACUAAGUGUUUAACAGAAUUAGUAUUUGUCACCAAAUCGUUAACAAUUUUUAUCCAUGAUUUUCUACACUUGAUCCAGGCUCUGUUCAAUGUCAACUGGCUGUGUGUACAAGUAUGUGCUUGUCAGUUUCAAUUAAUGUUUAAUUUAUCUCUCUAUAAAUAAUAAUAUACUAUCGAAUUUUGUAAGUUUGCACUUCAAGUAAUAUACUUACAACAAUUUAUCGGCAUUUUAGAUUAAGAGGUUUCAAAUAAAACAAUGAAUGUCAACAAAAUAAUCUUAGCUCUAACAACAAAACAUCAACUUCGUGUCCGGUGGAAGUUAUCGUUCCAAUCUUCCUUUACUGUCUGGUUAAUAAUGAAACUUCGUUUUUACCAAUCAUUCAUAUACUCCCACGAACAUUAGGUGUUCCCAAAAUGUGCUCUCGGAGGAGAACUGUACAAACUAUCAACGAUCUGAAAUGCUUUUUAGAUUGAUUUUGUUUUCGAUCCCUCUGAUCAUCUUUACAAUAGCUUUAUAUCGAAAGUUCCCAUAAAUUCCUUGGUGCAGAGGUUCCUCUUGUUCUUUGCUUAAAGUUUGUUAUUGACGAUAGUUUGUCAGGACAAAAGGAUUCAAGACAUUUGCCAUCGUUAUGGUUACCAAACGUUUCGAGGAUUGGAAUCCACCCUCUUCGAUAGGUGGGGGAAUUACACAUUUUGCAACUAUAACGAUGCAAAUUUCCGAAACCGUGUUAUCCUGGUUCCUCUUGUUGAAAUGAAUAUUUUUAAAAGGUAAAGGGCGAUUCACUUUCGAAUAACUGAUUCUCUACUUGAGUGACUCACAAGUUAAUCGACAAACCAGGCAUGAUGGUAAAAUUUUGGAUCAUACUCCUGGACAUUCAUCUUAAUAUCUGGGGAUUCCAAGGCUCAAAUUUGGUUCCGUUUUUAUUCAACUUCUUUGUAAAUUACAUAUAUAAUAUAAUUUAUACUAAAUGUCUCAUGUUUGCUGAUAAGGUUAAGGUAUUCCUCGAAGGAACUAGUUAACAUUGUGAAAACUUGCAGGAUACCUUGUGUUCUAUUGCAGCUGAAGUAAGUUGAAAGCAAUGGAAUUAAAUCCUGGAAAAUGUGCGAUCCUGACUUACUUAAGAGCCAACAACCUAUUGACUCAGAAUACAAACUUUUAUAAUUCCGUGCUGGACAAAAUCAAUAAAUUUAAAGUCUUUGUGUUCUAAUGUCUUCUAUCCUUUGCCCCUGGAAUCAUAUUGCUUAUGUGCGCAGCAUUGCCAAUACAAUGCUGUUAUUUGUAUAUUGAGUGAUUAAAAACUUCCAUCUUCUAUCAAACCUGGUCAAACUUUUCAAAAUUAUAAUCCUGCCAAUUCUACACUACUCGUAAGUGAUACAGUGAUACACCUAGCUGGUCAUGUUGCUAUUCUUGAAUUCCUGACAAUUAGACUUAUAAGGCUAUUUGGGUUGGGUCUUCAGUUAUGUUUUACCUGGAAACGCCCGUAGAUUCUCUCCGUAUCUUCCAAUGACUACCACUUUUUGCAGCUAGGAUAAAGAUAGCUGAUAUUCUUCUCAGUGACGACAACAGAGUGAGCGAGAUGUUAUAUCCGUUAUAAUCUCCAAUAAUUGCUUUAUAUUACUGCCACAAAUUACAUAGUUAAUAUUGUUUAAUUUAUAUACUCAUAGAAACUAUGUUAUGCUAAAUCUAUUUUUACUAUUAUUUAGUGCCUAUAUUAUUUUAUAUUGUUGAUAGUUAUUUAUUAUUGCUAUUUGUUUGGUUGGCUUAGAUUUGUUACUAUAUAUUUAGCUAUACCUACAGCACUGUUUAACAAUACAUUAUUAUAUUAAUAUGCUACACAUAUGAUAUAAAUUACAGAUGUUUAUGUCAGCACUCCAUCUUAUGCUGAAAGUUUUCAUGUACGAUGGGUUUGCCGUUGAAAUAAAUAAAUUUGUCCCUCUGUCUGUCUAUGCGAUAUCUACUACUUUCAUUUCAUCGGUCCCUGAAUGUGAAGUCUUUAAGAGUAGUGGACUGUAUCAAACAAUAGAAGUGGCGGAGGGUGCACCCUUUCUCUGUAGAGCAGGUUGAUGUUGCGAUAACUAAAGACACUCGCUUUGUAAUUAAUUGUUUAAAAAGUUCCAUAAAAAAUUAAAUAUUACUAAGACUGGUAAGUACGUGAGCAGCAAUUAAGCGUACUAUGUAUAUGGAUAGCGGAACGGGAAUCGUCGAUUUGAUAAGAUAUAUAUAAAGAGGUGAAACAUGACGCAUGAAUGAGAUGCAUUCUACUUAAUUACAUUGUUUCAUGCAUUGUUUCAGGAACAAUAUUUUCAAGAAAGCUCAUUUACGAUAAUUUAAUGGAAAUACAAGUCGUACUUAAUAGAAUUGGCAAGCUACUCAUCUUACGGCUUUUCAAGUUUUGGUUACAUUUUGACUGGCUGUUUAAAUUGCUCUAUUGGAAGGAACUGAAGGAAUCUUUAAAAAUUCGAGACAAAUGUAUGGACGUUAUAAGUCAGGAAUGGAAAGAAGGAGCCACUAUUAAAAAGGAAGUGAUUCCAGGCGCAAAUCAGAACAGCGAACGCUUGUCUGGCGUAAACUUGGUGGAUGUAAUGUUUGAAAAUCUGCCAAUAGUAUCAGAUGACCAUGAUUGGAUGGAUGAAUUUAUAACUAUGAUAGUAGCUGCUACUGACACUAUUGUUUCUGCUCUGUCUUUUCUGCUUUUUACAAUAGGACACCAUCCAGAUGUACAGGAAAGGAUGUUCAUGGAGAUCCAGGAAGUAAUGGGAGACCUGGACCGUGACGUUACCGCUGCCGACGUUAACGCCAUGAAGUACCUGGACCAGGUCAUUCUAGAAAGCAUUAGGCUACACGGUAACCUAGUUUUAAUCAUGAGAAGAGCCAUAAAUGAUACUAAAAUAGACAGUUGCACACUGCCAGCUGGUAGUCGGGUGUUGAUAAUGCUUCACUCUUUGGGUUGGAACAAAAAACGGUUCCCAAAUCCCGAACAGUUCCUGCCUGAACGGUUCUCUCCAGAACAGAAAAAACUGCGACAUAUCUACUCGUUUAUUCCAUUCAGCGCUGGCCCCCGCAACUGUAUAGGGAAGGCAUACGCGAUGGUGAUGCUGAAGACAGCCUUGGUCCUUAUAGUGAGACGCCUGCGAGUGAAGUCACACACUAAAAUGUCAGACAUAAAGUACGAGCUGAGGACGAUAAUGUACAGCAAGACUCCGCUUUUGGUCACCUUCCAACCGCGAUAGCGACGGUUUUAUUUAACAUCCUAUAGAGUAUACAAGUUUAAUAGGUUUAUUUAUUGGUAACGUCCACUAUUAAAUAUAUUGUUAAGUGUUUGUUACUUUGUAUUUUAUUAUUUUAUUUUAAACUGUAAUGCUCAAUUUUUUUAAUCGAAGGCCAUACUUUUAUUAGUAAAAACAUUUGUGAUUUAAUAUGAUGAAACCCUACAAGUUUGUUAAACAUACGUAGACAUAUCUGGUACAUAUUAUUUCAGAAUCCAUGGCUGAGUGAUUCAAAACGUAAAUGAAAUUUUUAUUGGUUUUAUUUUAGGUUUUCCUGUAUGAAUAAAUUUAUAAAAAAAGUGUCAAAUGUC